GCCGCGGGGAGGACGGCCGGGGAAAGCCUCCAGGCCCGCAGCAUGAAGAACCCCAUGUACGCGGUGGCCUCCCUGCUGCUGGAGAAGCUGCUCCUCCUGGCCCACCUCAGGCUGUGCAGCGAGGGCCCCGGCGCGGCGGAGGAAGAGGCGAAAGCCGCCCGCUCCUACGACGCCACCUGCUUCAAGCGGGGCGACCUGCUGGAGGUGCCCCGCACCCUCUUCGUCCACUUCGGCAUCUACCUCGGGGACAACCGGGUGGCGCACCUGAUGCCGGACAUCCUGCCCGCCUUCACCGACGACCAGCGGCAGCUCCAGCGGGUGGUGACCAACAAGAGGCUGGUCCUGGGCGUCCUGGCCAGGAUGGCCCGCAUCCGGGUGGACACGGUGGAGGACUUCGCCUACGGCGGCUCCAUCCUGGCGAACCACAUGGACGAGGCGCUGCCGAACGAGGCGCUGUGCGCGGAGGAGGUGGCCCGCCGGGCCGAGAAGCUGGUGGGGGCCACGGCGUACAGCCUGCUGUGGAACAACUGCGAGCACUUCGUCACCUACUGCAGAUACGGCUCCGCGCUCAGCUUCCAGACCGACAAGUUCUGUGAAACAGUGAAGAUGAUUAUUCGGGACCAGAGAAGUGUUCUUGCUUCAGCGCUCCUGGGAUUAGCAUCUAUAGUCUGUCUGGGUUUGGCACCUUCCACCACCCUGCCCACUAUCAUUAUUCCAUUCUUUCUGUGGAUGGCUGGUUAACAGCAGCACCAGAGUCUGUCAGUGCCUGUACAUAGAACGUAUAAUAUUGUAUUUAUAAAAGCACAAAUUACUUAUCAGCGGUUGUGUAAAGAGAAAAAAAUGUGACCUGUAACUUGUGUAAUAUUUUAAUCACAUCUUUAUCCAGAACACAAUGUACAAAGAGUAGCUUACUGUGUAAGCCAAAUAACCAGAUUUCCUGAAAAUCUCACAGAAGGUAAAUUUAACACGCCUUCCAAGGCAUGAAAGUGUGUGUGUGCGUGUGCGCGGAGGGUGGGGUGGAGUGUUUGAUAUAGUUCUGCUCCCUGCUUUCAGUCAUAAAUUAAUCUAGUGAAUGUAUUUUAUCAGGUAUCUCUUAACUCUGUGUAUCCAAGUGCCAUAUAAAAUAGUGAAGAUUAGAGUUUCAUCCUAAAAGCGGAUGAUAGAGGCCAUCUAAGUACCUAGGCAGAAAUGAUGGAAGCUGAAAACAAGCUAAUUUCACUUCCAUAUAUAUGUAUUUUGCAUUAAGGAAAGCUAGUGUUUCUAAAUCAACUUGUAUUAAGCCUAGAAAUAUCUUUUAAUGGAGAAUAAAAGCAGCCUCAGGAUUGUAUUCUGCAUUGGUAAAAACUCCUAGUUAAGUAUUGUUUCCUGUACUACUGUGUGUGGCCAGAUCGGUACUGCCCAUUCAGUUCCUUUCAGAGGUGUUCACAAAUCAUAUAUCCAUUUUAAUUACACAAACUCUAUACAUCCUGAACAGCUUUUUGUCUGGGUUAAGUUGCAAGGAAAGCCUGCAGUUCCUCAGAAUUUUCCUUGCUAGUAAGUGUCAGUGCAGCCAAUAUAAUUCACUACAGGGGGUUUCAGAAGAUAUGGAACAAAGCAAUUUGGUUGGUGAAAACUAGUAACAUGCAAACCAAUAAGAAUUUUCCUGUGUUCAGGGGAAAAGGAAAGAGGCCUAUUUUUCUCUUCUCUUCCCUCAGUAAUGGGAGUAGUGUGGGUGCCAUAAAGUGUCAUGAGUCUCUGUGGCAGAUAUUACAGUCAAGCUACUGUAAUUUAACACCUAUACAUACCCCUUAAAAAUUAUACGUCUUUCAUACACCAAAUGUGUGAAUAUUUAAUUAGAAGCCAGCAACUUUUUGAAGAGCAUGUGAUAUGUGAUUCAAGGGCUUUUUGGAAAAUAUUACUAUUCUUAACUCAGGCUGAUACUUUUUUUUUUUUAUCUCAGACCUCUAUGGACUCUUUCCUUCAAAAUACAAACCUGUCUAGUCACUCAUUUUGAGUGACUAUUCUAUUUUUAUUAUUAUUAUCUACAGUGUUUAUUGCUGUUUGUAAACAUGCCUUUUCUGUGUAUUUAGGCAUUUAAGCAUUAUUCUGCCUCUCCUUUUAAAUCUGAAGCAUGCGUAAUCUCCAAAUCUUAUCUCUUAACAGUGAAAGCUCAAUAUACCACAGUCAAUUAAGGAUAAUAUUAAAUAACACAAAAUGCCUCCUUUACUACCAUUUCUACAAUAAGAUUUGCUUUAUCUUUAUUUAAGAGACAAAAAAACCCAACUGUUUGAAGUGUGGUAUCUUGAAUUAAGCGUCUGCUCUGUUGCUAAUAGCAAUGUCUCGUUUUGGCUACUCCACUACAACCGACUGAAAAUGUAAAGAUCAAGGAUGAAAUCCUGAUCUUAUUGAAGUCAGAGGCAAAACUCUCAUUUAUUUCAAUUGAGAUAGGAUUUCACCCCAGACUUCAAUACCAGUGCAGAACUGUAUUUAGAAUAAAUUUAUAUGUUCAGCUUGCAGUCAUGCUCCAAAGCAGCUGGAUUUAAACUACCACUAAGUUGUUAUAAACAACUUACCUUCUUUUAAAGAAAGUCCUAAGGUGCCAACCUACAGCAAAUUUUUAAACUAAUGUGAAAUGCUUUUCCAUAAUGUAUGUAUCAUAACUGCUUCACAAAUUCCAUUGCAUUUUUUAUUUACUGUACAUAAGGUCAGCACUGUAUAAUUAUAUAAUUCAUUUUUAUAUGUUUACUUGUGUUCUGAAAUUGAUGAGCAUAAUGGAACAGCACUUCCCUAACAAUGUUUAUCCCAAUAGGAUACUGAGCAAUCCAUUGAGACAUAUACGGUAUCAAAUUACAUUAUACAUCUGCCCCUCCCUUUUAUUUGGGCUGUGUAAGAAUUCCAGUAAUUCUCAUGAGUCAGUUACAGAAUAAACAAUGGGUCCAUGAUCAAUAAGAUAAUCAUAGUUAGGAUUGUUAUGAGGUGAGUGUACUCGCAGUAGCUGUAAUAUCAAAGGACUGAUGUUGCCGCUUUGCUAAUGGGGAUGGGACAACCAGGGAUAUUUGGGGCAAGAUGUGGUUUGUCUGAAAACUUUGUUAGAUGACACUGGGCACCUGGAACAGACACUGGGUUAUUGUUCAGUCAGAUCUAGUAAGUGAAAAUGGCUCCAUAAAGUAUCUUAAAGGAAUACUUAAGAUAUGCACAGACUAAGCCUUUUAAACCUGUGAUACACUUGCUAUAUUCUCAUCAGAGCUGAUUCACAGGAGGACUUCAGUUAUGCCCUUAUGCACUUAGGAGUUUUCAUACAGUCCCCGAUUCAGUAAAGGACUUAAGUCCCAUUAAAAUUAAGAAUAUGCUAAUUUGGCUUGCUAAAUUGGGGGCAUAGACUGAGCAGAUCUAACACCUGUGUCGAUUCUCCUGUUCAUCCUCUUAGAUUGUUUGCUCUGAAGUCUCAAACUUGAAAUUUCAACACUAACUAUUUUUCUAAUGACUAUUUUUGCUAAUAUAAUAAUCUAUUUAAGGAUUAUGAAUAGAGUUUGCCUUUCAGGCCCAGGCUUAAAUAUGAAUUGUGACAUUACUGAAAAGAAGGAACUAGUUAUUAUAAAGGACAAAACACAGGGCAGUAUCGUCAUUGAAAUUUUGCAUGUGUUAUAAGUGCAGGAUUGACAUAAUAUACUGGUAAUUAUGAACGAUGGAGGAUGGAGUAGAUAGGAAGUGGAAAUACAGAAGUUGCAUUUCCGUUUAGUUGGUUCUUUGUAUGAUUCUUUUUGAGGGCGGUGGAUCUUCUUUAAGAACCUUAAUGCGCAAUGCGGGGACCUCAAAGGACAUGAGUCUUGUGUUGCUGGGAACGGUUAGUGGUGAAGACGUCAGGUUAAAAGGACACAUUUCAUGAUUACCAUACAAAGGUAAACAAAAAUUAAAAAUUUAAGAAGACAAUGUCAGGGUAGAAAAAUAUUUUUAAAAACCAUAGAUUAUUAAAAUUCAAGUUCUAAUGUUUUAAUCACUUGAUGCUAUAGUUACUUUAGUCUAUUUUCAUUCAUCGAGCUAAUACACAAGUCAGUUUCUAGUUGACUUCUCUUUCAGGUCCUUAUGCACUAGUACUCUGUUACAAUGUGUAAGUUGUAAACUGCUGUGUGUGUGUGUGUGUGUGUGUGUGUGUGUGUGUAGAUACCAUUGAGAUUUAAUUGUGUGUGGGGGGGGGAGGGGGGGAAUCCAUGGCAAUAUUUGUCAGUAUUAGGUUUUGGGGAAAAAAUGAAACUACAUUUUUGGCAACAUAUAACCUGACAGCAUCUAUGUGGGAUUCAGAAAGAAAGCUAAAGAAGCAAGACAAAUUCUCUAUUAUGGCAACCGUAGGUCUGGUUUGUCCAUAUUGUGUGUAUAUGUGUUAUAUAAUUAAAUCAAACGGUCUCACAACAUAGUAUGAUGAUAUAGUAUUGUCUGAGAAUGCAUCCUAUGUUAGAAAAUCAGUGGUUAGUAUGCUCUGACUUUUAUAUUUGAAUAUUAAAUGGAAGUGAUCAGAUAACAAAUGGCUCCUGGAGGUGCAAACUGCUUAAGCUCUGUAAUACUUUAGGCCCCAAUCCUACAAACACAACAUAUGCUUAAAUUUACUACAUGAGUAGUCGCAUUGAUUUCAAGUAAGCGUGUGUUUGCAGGAUAGGGGUACAUUGUAAUACUGUGAUUCAUCAGCAACUGUGUUGUGAUGUUCCUAAUAGUGUAGUGACCUUGCAUGACUUUAUGCUGUUGAAAUAAACUGCCAACUCAACUCUUAUUAUUUAAAAAAAAGUUUACAUCAUUUAAACCUGGGUCAGAUUCUCAAUUAGUGUAAAUUGCAAAGUUCUAUUGACUUCAGUACCAAAUUAUGCCAGUUUACAUCAGCUGGAAAUCUGGUGAGCUUGUGUUUUUAAAAUGUCAUAGUUUGAUGACAACUCGAAUAUUUAAAUUGAGCUUUUUAUAAAAAAUAACGAACGUAUUACUAUGUCACUUUAUAGUCAAAUUUAAACUUGUAGUUGCUACCUUAUGCUAAUCUUACACUGACAUCGGUGAAGUAUUACUUGCGUAGGGACUUCCUGAUCGUACCUACUAUAUUCAUCACUUUAUACCAUUCUGCAGAGAGUGCAGUUCUGUAUUCUUUUUGUCUGUUGUUGCUAAGGCUAUUGAUAAGAAAUGUGGGCUAACUCCUGUUCCUGCUGCUUAGUAAGGGGCAGAGAGAGAGAGAUAGUGAUUAGAGCAUAGAGAUAGGGGACAUGGGCACUAUUUCUGUCUCUUGCUAUAUGAUCUCGGACAAGUCAUUUAUCCUCUGUGCCUCAUUUUUUUUUUUUCCCUACCCAUAGAACAAAGAUAAUACAUACCCUUCCUUACAGAGAUGUUGUGAGGCUUGGUUAGCUAAUAUUUGUAUAGUGUUUUUAGAUCCUUGGAUGAAAUGUGCUAUGUAAGUACUAUUAAUAUUUAAUCUCCACCUGAAAUAAAAAUUUCCUGUUAGCAGGGGUGCUGGAACAAUUUGUAUAGUGGGGGUGCUGAGAGCCAUUGAACCAAACUGUAAACCCUGGAUAUGAUGGAAACAACUUCAAGCCAGGAGGUGCUGCAGUAUACCCCUCCGCCCCACAGCCUUAGUUCCAGAACCUCUGCCUGUUAGUGGCAUCACCAUAACUCUCUCUGGAAAUCACUGUGAUGCCAUGUCUAUGUCUACAGUACAAGCUCAGGCCCGCAGACAGAGACUUAUGUUAGCUCAAGUAUGAAUAGUAAUGUAGCCAUGGUAAAUACUCUGUGGGUAAGUACUCAGCAUGGUGGAGACAUGUCACUGCUGCCCAUGUGACCAUGGCUACACUGCUAUUUAUUCUCAUGUGAGCAUGUGUACACAAGCUGGUAAUUAUAUCCCUACUUCAUGUAGACAUAGCCAUAGAAGAAUAGAACCUUAAGUGUGGAAUAAGCAGCAGGAACACAAGAAUGUUUAUGUCUCUCUUUUUAAAUAAACUUUUUACUAAUAGUAGAAAACAGGAUGAGAAAUCUAUAGAUUUAAUAAUAGUAAUAGAAUAAUCAUGGUGGGAGGGGGAAGGAGGAUCAAAGCUCAAAUGCAGCUUGCUUCUCCAUGAAUCUCAGUCUAAAUUUUUACCUGCUUAAUCAUAAUCACUUCUUCUCCCAUUAAACACCCACAGUAGCUCAGCAGGACUUCUCACUGUAUUAGUAAACUGCUAAUGUCAAUCCGUCAGUGUUGAUGAUAGUUACAAUCACUUUUGGUUUGGAAAUUAAAAUAAUUCUAAUCUCUCACCUCCUUUAAUGCUCACCUGUACUUCACAUGAGGUCCCAAAAUCUUUGAAAUAAUACUAUAAAUUAAUAUAUAUAAAUACUUUACUGAAUAUUUUGUAUCAUAUAAUUGGGCUAUUAUGAAGCUGCAAACUUCAUACAUUUCUGGCCACAACACCACAAAUGUUAUAGGCCCAAAUUUUUCAAGAUAUUUAGGUAUUGCUGCACUCAGUGUUGCAAUGCCUAACUCAUUUAGGAGUCUGUCUCAUUUUCAAAAGGAUUUAAGCACUUAGGAGUCUAAGUCCCAUAGACAGUGGAUGGGAUUUUGACUAUCUAAAUCCCCUUUGAAAAUGAGAUGUAGGCUCCUAAAUCAGUUAGACAUUGCAAUCCCAAGCACACCACCUAAAUACCUUUAAAAAUCUAGGCUAUAGUACCAAAAUCACUACAUAAAGAUUUUCCAGAUGAGGAGAAGUAGUAUAUAUUCACCCAGGUACUAAAACCCAAAGUGACCCAAAUUUGUGUUUCAUACAUGUAAUAAACUGUUUAAAACCUAUAUAUUAUAUAUAGUGGACACAGUGUUCCAAGCCACACCACAAUGAAAUAACAUAUUUUCUAAAACUGCCAAAAUUGGGAUUUCAGGGAUCUACAAUUUAUCUUCCGUUCCAGUACAUUAAUGUUCUUUAACCUAUAAUUCUUCAUGAACCAAAUCACUGUAAAAAGACCCAUUCUUCUACAGUGCAUUCCUGUGCAACUCUGACACAUAAUGUGCAUAACACAAACAGCUAUGUAUAAUCACAUUUUUAUGAGAGAACAAAUGUCUAUAGCACUUCAAAUGCUCACAUUGAUUUUUGC